AUUAAUAUUCAUGAGAUAGAUCUUCGUGUGGUCACCAUUGACAAAUUCCACCCUCUGCUGCGUAUCCUUUUCCUAAUAUUUUAACUGCUUCGUCUAAGGGCAGAACGGAGUGCAGCUUGCAGUUUUUAAAGUACAGAAGUUGAUGUCCCCUGAAUAACGUGUUUCCAGAGCGAAGACAGAUCUUUUGUUACUGCUACUAUGGCACACUCGAGUGAAGAUGGGGACUAUGUAGCUGAUGGUGAAGUUGGAUGGUCCUCCAUUGAUCAUCGUCUGAAUUCCUUCCAGCAUUUCCCUCAUUUUGAAGAAAUUUCAGCGGAGCGUCUGGCCCGUGCAGGCUUUUAUUUCACAGGCGAGGCAGACAAGGUGUGCUGUUUUAGCUGCCAUGCGACGGUGGAGGACUGGAACAGAGGGGAUACCCCAUUGAAGAGACAUCAGCAAGCAUCUCCCGGCUGCAAGUUCCUUAGCUGUGCUCACGGCUUGAGAAGCUCCAACCUCGUCCACAGCCCUGCUUACGACGAAGUGGCCGAAGCCAGAGAUUUCCUCCUCCGCACGGGAGGGGUGGUGGAUCAGACCAUUUAUCCCACUGCGCCGCACAUGAAGAGUGAGGAAGCUCGGCUGUACACUUUCAGUGACUGGCCUGCAGACGCUCCGGUUCAGCCCGAAGACCUGGCGGGUGCAGGGAUGUAUUACUAUGGGACAAAUGACAAAGUGCAGUGCUUCUGUUGUGGGGGGAUUCUGGAAGGAUGGGAGCAAGGUGACGAUGCUUGGGAUGAACAUGCAAAGCACUACCCAAACUGCUUCUUCAUCUUGGGACAUGAUGCGGGCAAUGUGCCACUGACAACACCUCGACCCAGGCUGAAUGGCCGCAUGGCCUCCAUGGAGACUUAUGAGGGGCGUCUUGAAAGCUUCAGAGGCAGACAACACCCCAUAGAUCCUGAGAGGCUGGCCAGAGCUGGUUUCUACAGCACAGGAGUGCAAGACCGUGUGAUCUGCUUUAGAUGUGGAGGAGGAGUGAAGGACUGGAUACCUGAGGAAGACCCUUGGGAGGAGCAUGCCAAGCACUAUCCAGGCUGCAGUUUCCUUCGGGCAGAAAAAGGAGGAGAAUAUGUCAGCAAUAUACAACUGAGAUAUCCGAAUGGAGUCCAUUCAAGGUCAAGUCAGAAUGGCUUUUCGAGUCACGAGCAAGCAGCACAGAAAGUCCUGCAGUCAGAGAUUGCACAGAAGGCUGUAGAUAUGGGUUUUGACCCCAUCAAAGUGGAGAGCGUUCUCCAGAAGUUACGUCAGAACAAUGAGGGCUAUGCUUCAGUGGAGGCUCUUAUUCAAGACAUCCAUGCACAGGAGAGCGCCAGUGACGUGCCUAAGAAAGUUGAGGACCCCAUGAUGAAACUUGAGAAACUCCAGAGGGAGAAACUAUGUAAAGUCUGCAUGGACAGUGACAUUAGCAUAGUCUUUAUUCCCUGUGGACACCUGGUCACUUGUCAAAAAUGUUCAGAAUCCCUGGACAAGUGUCCCAUCUGCUGUGCCACCAUCAUGCAGAAGAUCAAGACCUACAAUGCUUAAAAAACAAAGAAACCAGCACUCCAAUUGAAACAGUGGCAGAAUAUAAUCAUUCCUAAAAAUGCACAUAGAUGUAAAAUUUGAUUUAAGCUGUGUGUGUGUGUGUGUAUAUAUCUGUAGAUGUACUAAACUCUAGUAAAAUAUUGUUUUAUUUUUUCAUUAAGACCUUAAAAGAACACGCUGCACAUUUCAUGUUUUCUUUUGAUCGAGGCAGGGACACUACAUUAUUUAACAUAUAAUAUAUUGUAAUAUAUUGCAGGGAAAGACAUCUUUAUUAUGUGUCCCCGUAUAGCUGCUUCCCUCAAAUACACAAACUCAGAUCAUAGUGCCUUUAUGUAGACUACUUUUUAAUCAACUAUUUAUUUCCGGUUAUUAAUUUGGCAUAAUCAUGUGAUAAGAAAUAAUGUAGCCUAUCUUUGCUCUUUUAUUUAUUAUUAAAUAAUGAUUGCUUUAGAAUUUUAAUCACGUUCAAGGUUGAUUAAACUUUACCAGUCCAAACUUGUUUUUUCUUCUGAUACCUUUCUGUGAUCAUAAUUCUUUUAAUAAUAAUUUUAUUAUGCUUGGAAAUGAUAAUAAAGAAAAAUUCACAACAUAA